GACCUCUUCACGCACGUCUGUGUAUUCCUUUCCUCUAUCUUGCUCAAGCAUACCCAAUAGAGGCGUUUCUGGUGCCCGUAUCGUCCUACAGCCCCUAUAUAAACCCCUAAAACCUUAUCCAUUGCUUUAGGCUAAUAACAACACCUCAACAUGGACUCCACUGCAUCUCUCGCUGUCAACAGAAACGACGACCUAAUUCCCAUUACGGACACAACACGUCUUCUGAGCGUCCCCCCAAUCCUCAACAACAGCACGACGUUGCUUCGAAGAUUGCCCACCUCUGACGAGGGCAAAACGACCUACCUGGCCAUUCCUUCCCCUGUAUACACCUCUGAUAAGAACCUUGACGACAACGAGGGCGGCAGGGACCAGUUCCUUAAAUCUGUUGGCAUCAAAGACUAUGAAGACGACGAAGCCGGACUUUGCAGGUCCAAAGGACACAAAGACAUGGAGUUCACCUUAGUGAUCGUCUCAGACAACGAUAGUAUCAGCAGGUCAGCUGUUAUGACCGAGGAUCUGGACAAUGAGGAACCAAAAGGGAGCGAAGAUGACGCGCACGACGAAUAUAUCUCCAACAAAAUGUUCCACCUGCAACAUGGAUUCAAGAAGGAAGAAUUCGCUCAGGCAAUCCAGAGUAGCGAGAACACCAUAAAUCCUGUUCAGAGACUGAGGCUCAUUCGUCGAUCCCAUACCUGCAACUUUAUGCUACUGGUCGAGCAACUGAACGCGAUGAGAACGGCCGCAGCGAUGCUGCAGUUCGAGCAUGCAGCCGUGCUUGAUCUCGCGGCCGAAAAGUGCGAACGCGUCUUUAUGCGCCACCAAGACUUUGACCAGAUCCUGGAGUCCGAGCCAAGUCAGGCCCAUGCAAUCAGAGCUUUGCACACGCUGGUGAAGACAUGUUGUCAAGAUACUACCGAGCUGAUCCAGGACUGGGCCAUGGUUUACCACACUCUCUAUGAACUCACCCAGCGUAUCACCUCCCUCUCUGCUGGAGCUCAUCCGUCAAAAGCAUCGGCCCAACGCCGUUUCUUAUUUUCCAAAAAGCCCGCCGAGAUGACCACACCUGAGAUCCCAGGGGAGAUUCUACAGCAUCAGAAGAACGUCUGCAAUAACUGGGCGGCGCAGAUGAAGGCCUUUGAACAACUUUCACACGCCUGUUGGGCCUUUGUAGAUCAGGCGACCGAGUUUGCAGUGAUUGACGAGAUCGAAGCCGUGAGCAGGUAUUGCGGCGACGAGAUCAACCAGAUCUUUUUGAAGUCCCAGGCGACGUUCCUUAACACGAAGCAGCUCAGUCAUCUGCACUUCCAUAUCGACUAUACCAACUUCAACAAGACCCUGCCGAAGGAGAAUGCGUUGACCACAGCUGAGGAGCGUAAGGCUCACCCUCUGCGUCCGCUCUUCACAAGAGACAUGAUUGGUCAGCAUCGACUGGUUCGUGAAGGAAAGUUGAAAGAGUUCGUGUCGCCAUUCGCGGCUUCUGCUGGAUCAAGUAAGAGGAAUGCGAAGGCUCCGGCGCCCAAGGAGUAUCAGCUUAUUGUAACAUCAGAUACGAUCUACCUCUGCGAGAUCGUCAUGGCCAAUGGUGCGGAGGACAACGGCAGGAAUAGCAAGAAGCGUAGGCCAAAGAAGCUGUCCGACAAGCGGUAUCGUCUUGCGCAUGAACCCGUCUUGGUAAUCGAUUCGCAGAUCUCGUCGACGCCUGACAUUGUCCACCCACCACUGGUGCAGAAGAACAUGGUCAUGGUAUGCUUCUAUAAUCAGACGAGUUAUAUCCUUCAGGCAGAAUGCUCUGAGGAAAGGGAUGCCUGGGUCGAGUGUGCUCGCCAGUUGAACAUUGAACAGCCCAAGCCUACGGAUGCCUGUCGCGAACAGGAUGAGAAUGCGGAGAUCCAGCGUAGUAUGAGCUUAGCCAGCUUCUACACGAUCGGCAAGAGCAUAAUCAACAAGAAUUCGCUCUUCAAGCGACUUAAAUCCAAGCGUCGUCAGGGUAACCGCCUUGCUGAAGGUAUGGGUCCCAUUCCCGAGAUCGACCCCGACCAGCUCACCCGGACCGAGGAAGAAGAAAAGGCGCGAAGGAUGCAACUCGGCCAGACCUCAGUCUGGGAAGUCCGUCGCCUGCCUCUGGAUCUGGGCGUGAUCCCACCUUUGGAGCACCCGAUUCCCUUCCGCAAGAGCCAUUUGUACGACACCAACGUCAAGAUUGUGGAUUUGACGACGGGAAAGAUGGCGCCUGGCGAGUUCGGUAUGGGAGUUGAGGAUCGCGCGGCCUAUUUCAGAGACGAAUGCGCGCUCUUUGCGGUCCUGCGACCUGCACGUCUAAUCCCGUUCAACGAGAUCGAUCGCCAGCGCGACGACUUCUUCUUGUGCUGCAAGCGUCUCCACAAAGGCGAGAUCAUGUAUGUGGAGCCACCUUAUAUCACUGACUUUUAUGCCCGGAGCUGGCUUCAUCCAGAUAUGCAUAUCAAAUUUGACGUGGAAAGUAGGUCUGUGAUGAUUGCAAAGAUGUACAAGAUCAUCUGCUCAACCUCGGAGAUUGUCAUGGAGUUCCAGAAAUACCAUGCCUGGCUUAUGAAGGACGCAAGGAUCUCGCCCGAUAACACCUUCCUCUGUAUGGAUUACCGUUCGCACCCUCUUCGUAUCGCCAAACGGAUUGAGCGAGCUAUCACAUCAUCCUCCGUAGCGACAGACAUGAGGAUUCUGGAGGCAGGCCGCAAGUACACCGAGCUAGGAGAGUGCAACAUUGAAUUCCGUCGAAUGUCUAAUGCGCCCGACGCGCUCUCAAUCGGAUUCUACAACUCGGUAACAAAGCGCGAUAUGGCUAUUGGUGUCAUGGUCUUUGAUAAGAGCAAGGUCAAGGCAACGGCCUCGAGUCUGGGUCUGGACGCGCUCAGUGCCCUGGGAGCGUCUAACGGUGUUGUUCGAGUCUCAUCUACAGAAAUGUCCCUGACGCUGUGGCAGACCGAUGCCCGUACCAGGCCGACGUUUGUCAAGGGUCAGCGCAUCUUUGAGACGGUCAAGUCCAAGUCGCUGGAUAUGUUCAAGAUCACCGGCCAGCGGGAGGCCCUGGAUGAGCUCGAGGGAUUUAUGCGCGUCAAGAACGGGACUGACUGCAAGGCGCGAGAAAUCCGAGAAACCUUGAAGUUGGUUAAGAUUGCGUUCCAUAAUGAGGUUUUGGACGCGCCUUUGGAGGAGGAGGAAAAGAGAGAAGGAGAAAAGGAAAAAGAAGAACAGAAGGAACAACACGAAAUCACUGAGCAGGCUCACAAAGAGAAGCAGGAGCAGGCGAUUCUGGGACAGGGACAUUUUUCGACAAGUAUUUUGGGUCGUCGCCCGGACGGUUACCUCGAGACUGUGCUAGAGGAAGAAGAGGAGGAGGAGGAUGAAGAGCAGGACCACGGGAACCUGGAGAUGUCCGAUGACGCGAUCAAGGCAGGCUCUACUGAUACCUUCCGCUUCAAAAGCAGGAGUGCCUUGCUCUUCGUGGAAGGGCACCAAAUGGAACAAGACACUGCUCAAGAGUCCUCAGUAAAGAUCCCGAGUGUAUUUUUGCCCGUGAUCGAAACUUCCUCCUUCAUCGAUCUGGUCACUGCGUCUGUCAUGGGCGAACUACUAGGAAAAAAGGGCGGAUCGGCCGAAGAUGAGGAAGAAGCGAUGAAGACACUUAUUGGCGAAGUUAGUCAGUUUCGGACCAAGACCACGAGUGCCACGGCUGUCAUGAUUUGCUCUCCAUCGUUGACGGCCAUCAAGAACACCGACGCUGCUGUUAAUACAGAAGAUGCGUCGUCUUCAUCCUCCGGAGAGGAAGCACAUACGCCCGAGCCUACUUCUGAGCUCGAGACUCGCGUGAAUAUGGUCAAAACUGCGGUCUUGCAUUCGUCUAUCAAUACCGGCAAAGAAACCCAUUUUCAGGUGAAUGAACAUGGUGUUAUUCGGGCUACACGCUAUGUUCACAGGAUGGCAGUCGCAGCCGACGGCGCUGUGGCUACGAACAUCAAUGAUGAUAUCGUACCCGGUAUCGAUAUGGAGCACCACAUGCCUGUCAAGGACCUGACGAAGCGCUGGGAGGAAAUCUACCGUCUCGGCAUGUAAUUUUUCAACUCGUACAUUCCAAACAGAUAUAUUGCAUAUGAAUGU